GUUAUGUAGGAUGUCAGAUUGAUUGACAUUUUUUGAUGUACAUGUAUACCAAAUUCUACACGAAGACCACAAAAACUUAUUGCGGUGAAAUAUUAAAUUAAAAGACUUAUUAGUAUAGAUUAGGUAUGACUAUCGGGGACUACCCUAAGGAGUACGAUGCAUCGAAGCACGGGCCUUACGACCCUGCGCGGUACUACGGCAAGGCUGACACUCCCUUUGGCCAGGUAAAAUUGGUGGAGCUCCCAGCUUGGUUCGCGCGGAGGAACAAGAGUCCCGCGGCAUUUGCGGGCUUGUGUAGCCGCGCUUACUGGCGCUGGCAACACAGGUUCAUGCAGCCGCGGAAGGUGGGCAUGGCAGGGUUCUACCAGUCCCUGUUCGCCUGCAUGACGUUCUUCUACGUCAUCAACUACGCGAGGAUCACCAGCCACAAGAAUUACAAGUACCACUAACAAAUUAAUGCUUGAUGUAACGUGGAUUUGGAUUUGUAAAAUUUAAUAAAUGUUCCUUAUAAUAA